UACACCGGACAGCACUUGCAAUCUUGCCAAGAUGAAGUUAACGGUGGCGCUGCUGUUUGUGGGGCUGGCUGUCUGCCAUGCACAAAAUAACAACCCCUUCGCUUUUAGAGGAUCCUUCCGCAACAGGCGCCCCAGUAAUCGAUUCUCCUCCUUCAACCAAGGGCCCAGUCGACCUUCGAGUGGAGGUGGCGCCGUGCACGACUCAGAUAGUCAAUACGAUUAUCACUUUUCCUGGCUGAAUGGCGAGAGAUCCCUGCCUGGUGGUAGCGCUGUGAACUCCUACUGCAGACGUCUAGGCCCUGGCUGGACUGGCGUGUCUAUCGAAUCCGCUGGAAAAAAUAGUUUCAUUCAGAGGCUUAUCGGACGCGACGUCCCGUACAUCUGGACUGGUGCCACAAAGCAAGGCAGAGGCUUUGUGUGGUCCAAUGGCAACCCGGUCGGGGCCACCUUCUCAGACUGGUCACAUACUGGCGGAGCUAGGAGACCACAGCCCGACAACCGUGAUCCCCCAGAGAACUGCCUGGCCGUGCUGGGGAGCCACGUGUACAAUGACGGCAUCAAGUGGCACGACGUUAAGUGCUCCCAUACUAAGCCCACGGUGUGUGAAAGGAGGAAGUCAUAAGCAAUCUUGGCUUACACUCACCUCACUUCGGCUUACUAUACCACCGUCACUGACAAUGGACAAUUUCCUCCCAGCCAUGUCUCUUUCUGCGUUUGGUUCAGCCAUCUUGGAUCUGAGACCUACUUUUCAACCUUCUGCUUCCUCUUCUAUAACAAAUGCUUUAUUUCCCUUUUGUCUUCUUAAUAUUCUUCCUAUAUAUCUCUUUUUUUUUUUUCUCUCAAUUCAAAGAUUUAUCAAGCCAUAUAGUAAUUUCUGACAUAUUUAUUGAACGAUUAGUUAUCUCUAACUUAUAAUGUGAGGCCCAAUCAGAGGAAAUAAAACAUGUGAUUAAA